UCGAAUCUGGUUGAUGCAAUUAUAAUAUAAUUAAAACAAAAUUAAUUGAAUUGAAACAAAAAAAGAAAUAAAUGGGAGCUAUACCUAAAAGACAUUCGUCAUGGAUUAAACGCAUGGAAGUUCACAAACGGACUCAUUUCAAUCCGUCUGGAGCUCCUGCAUUGUCUACACUUCUGUCACCUAUAGUACGCAUUGAAGAUCACAAAAGUGAAGUGACAACUUGUGACUUUCAUCCUUCUGGAAAGUUUAUUUUAUCAGCUAAUUGUAAAGGACAAAUUCAUAUAUGUGAUAUUUAUGGUACUUUUUCGAAAACAAUGGUUUUGAAAGGCCACACAGGAUCAGUCACCGAAGCCCACUUUUCCAGAGAUGGUUUUGAUUUUUAUUCGUGUUCCAGUGACGGAACCAUUGGAGUUUGGGAUACUUUCCGAGGUUACAGAAAAGCUAAAUUAGACGGACAUGAGGAUGGUGUCAAUUGUGUUCAGGGUGGAAGAUUAGCAUAUCCUAUACUUUGUUCUGGUUCCAAUGAUGGAACAAUCCGAUUAUGGGAUGUUCGGGAAAAAGAAUGUGUCUUGACACUGGAGAAUUCAUGUGAUGUUACUGCAACGUGUUUUACUAAUAAUGGAAACUUUGCAAUCUCUGGUGGACUUGACAGUGAUAUCAAAAUCUGGGAUCUUCGAACUUGUGAAAUUGUUUGUAGGCUACGUGGUCAUACUGGAAAAGUAACUGGUCUAUCAUUAUCGCCCUGUGGUUCAUAUUUACUUUCGUAUGCUGUUGAUAAUACACUUCGAAUUUGGGAUAUUCGGCCUCAUGUUACAUUCAAGAGAUGUGUUGGAUGUUUUUCUGCUCAUCAAUUUAGUCCCAGUGCACUUUUACGAUGCACUUGGUCACCAGAUGGCACUAUGAUAUCAGCUGGAACGUCAGAUCGGGAUGUUCUUGUUUGGGAUGCUCUUACUGGAGAAACAUUACACGAGUUACCAGGUCACGAAAGCACUAUCAAUGAUAUUAAAUUUCAUCCAAAGGAACCAAUCAUUUUAUCAGCUUCAGAAGACAAUUAUUUAUUUUUGCAUGAGUUUUAGAGAACUUAUUGUGAAUUUUGUAAUAUGUGUGCUAAUUAUUUUAAAGAGCAAUGUAGUAUAAUUUGAAAAAAAUAAAUUAAGUAAAUAAAAUAAUAUUUUAUUUUUUAAAAAAAA